CCUAUAAACGAACAUGUUCGCGAGCUCACGAGCCGAAUAUUCUUAAGCUCGAGUUCGGCUCAAUAAAAUUGUCGAGCUCGAAAUCGAGCUCGGCUCGAUAAGAUAAACGAACGAAUUCGAACGAAUUUUUUAUCGAAUCAAGUUUCGAAUAGCUCGUGAACUGUUUGAUUUAUUUACAUCCCUAGAAUUACUUGUAUGGUCUGUGUUUUUGAACACAAACUCAAGGGUUGAACUGAUCAAUCUGUAAUUCAGUUUGCAAUAAGUUAGAUGUGUAAAAUAUUCAAUUUUAAAUGUGUUGCUAAAUAUAUGAGAAAUUUAUAUUUGUCGUCAUGUAAAUUAAUUUUUAUAGGGAAAAAUAUCACAAGAAAUGGCAUAGCAAGUUUUGGAAAGAAAAAUCUUGAAUCAAGAAUAAUAGGUAAAAAAGAUAUUGGGAUGUAUUUUCAUGUAAAAUAAAUACUAUGAGGUAUUUUGAUAAAUACUCAAUAUAAAGGUGCUUUUUUGAUAAAUUCUUAAGUUUUUAGCUAGUUAUGGAAAAUAUAGACUAAAAAUGUUCCAUUGUGGCAACUAAAAAUGUUCAAACAAAUCAUUUCCGUUGUGAUUGAAUUUGAAUUUUGAACCACUCACCGCCGUAUCGGAUUCUGGAUCCUGAUCGGUUUAAUUUUUUCGGAACCCGUUUAUUAGAAUUGGGUUUAUUUUUGAGUCCGUGUCCCGCCUUAAACACCCUCUACCAGUACCACCGCGGCUUCUUCUUUUCGAAGGAAAAGGGAGGCGAGGGUUCGAUUUGGAAGCAGCAUGGCGGCGACCGUGAUGAACCCGCUUCUGGAUCCCGGUACCCAACCCCGGAAGCAGCGGAUUCUAGCCCACCUGCAACCCCCAUUCCUCCCCCUGUUCGCUCCUCCGCCGCGGCCCGGUGCCGAUGCCACCGCGGAGGCUGGAUCUGGCGAGACGCGCAUGCGGAGGAGGAGGAGCAGCACCUUGAGUGACUAUUUCCGGCCCGAUGGAUUCGUCGAUUCGGUUGCGGUUGAUGGGAAACGACACGACGAGUCUCCCGUCGCCGAACGGGAUCCGUUCGUCGGUGGUGAAAGGGAAGAGUUUAGUAGAGACGGUGUGGAAGAUGGGCGCUUUUGGAGCCCUCGUGAUACCAGCAUCAUCGCGAGCUGCUCCAGAAGUUUGGGGACCUCGACACCACACUCCGAGUUCUAUGAUGCCGUCGAAGAUUUCGGAUCAGAUAGUUUUCUUUCACGGUCAUCAUCUCCUUCCUCGAUCUCGAAGAACGAAAGCGAAUUCCAUGACCUGCGUCUUGGUCUCUCUGAAGAGAUCGAGAAACGCAAAACCGCAGAGGCGGCCCUUAUACAGAUGCAGAGGCAGUGGCAGAGAUUGGCAGAGAUGUUCUCUCGAUUCGGCGUUUCACUUCCUGUAAUCGAAAAAUAUCAUGGUGUUCUGAAUGAUUUAGAUUUUGCACAAAUUCCGCAAGCUAUUAUAUCAGCAAAAUCCGCUUCCGAAGCUAUCGCAAGUGUUAUUGGUGCUGAAGCUGUUGCAGAUAUGGAAGCAAUUCUUGAGGCAAAGAACCGUGAUGUGUCUCGCUUGCAAAAUCGAGUCAAAUACUAUCUGACUAUGAACCGUGAGAUGUCGUUGAGGAAUCAAGAACUUGCCUAUUUAUCAUCCCUGAAACGUGAAAAGAGAAGAAAAAAGUAUCGAUGGAUUUGGAGCUGUUUGGGCUUAUCACUUAUUAUGGGGUCGUCGCUGCUUGUUUCUUCCUAUUCUGACUACAAUUGUACUGAUUUAUUCUCAAUGGUAUAUCACGAUAAUUCUGUAGAAACAAGGUUAUCAUCACACAAUAGUCUAGACUAAAGAUUUUGAUGGCUUGACAAUUGUAUUAGAUUUUGUAUAGUUUUGCCUUAAGAGUGUAGUUUUUUAAGUGGAAGGUGAUCGUUCAAAUUUU